AUGACUGAUGGUAUCAACAAAGCUCCCCCACCUUGGUCUGCCAUUAAUAUUUUCCAAACUCUUCAACAUACCUUGGGUGAUCGACGACACAGCAACACGGCAGUUGAAGACGCAGUAUGGUUCCAUCGUUCGCAGAACCUUCUCCACAGUGCUAGUCUCUGCCCGGAUGUUGCAUCACGUGUUCUAUCAUGUUUCCUUUUCCUAGAGUCUGGAUUGACAUCUCUCAGAAAUGAAAAUCGUCAGACCGUUUCUUAUCUUCAAAAGAUGUGUCAACACGCCAAACAGGUUCAUGAGAAUUUUUAUUCAAAUCUGUCCCGAUUAAAUCACAAUAAACAUGAGGCAGAUUCAAAUGGCCCCUCUGUCCCCCAGCGGAACGAGAUACCACAGGAUCAAGUAACCUUUGUAGCUACUUUUAUGGAGCCCUUGCUUAGUGGUAAAAUUCCACCUCUCCAAAAGAGUCUCGAGUGUGUUUUAGGAUCUAGCCCUUCUGAAGCCGAUGGUAGCAGUGACAAGCAUAAUAUCCUUCAGCUCCUUGAUCAACUCUUGUCCCGCGUCUUGGAGCCUCUACCGGACGAUGGACAAUUUCAAAAAGACGAACCUGUAGAAUGUAAGCCCAGUUGCACCAACGCACCAUUAGUUGGUUCUUCACGGAAGUUAGUGCUCCAUACAGCUCAGAAGAAUACUGAAGUCCCCGAUUCUACAGGACGAAAUCAGCCUUCCUCAUCAACACAGAAACCUAUGUUAGCGGAGGCAACGAGUCUAGGUUCAACGGAUACUUUUCCCGCUUCACGUCUUUCCCUUAUUGAUCUCUUGUUCGGCUCCGAUUCACGGGAUACGCAGAUGCUGCGGGCGCCGGAAGUUAACGACGCCGAUCUGCAGCAAUGGCGGAGGUUAAACCUGGGAUCGGAUGGGUGGAAUAGCCCGAAUGACUACCUGCCCUUUCGCACGCGAAGUCGGGAUGAACUGCAGCAACAAGCCGCGGCAGAUGAGGCCCACGUGAAUCGUAUGACCGUCGUUGUGCGCGACGGGGGGACCAUCCUGGCGCCGGAAUGGGCCACCUCCCAGGAGGCCCUAGCGCAGGAUCCCCUAACCACAGGCUUAACACCGUCACGACCUGCAAAUGAGGGACCCCGUGAAAAUGAAGAAGCUGAGAGGGAUAAAGAGGCUUCGCAGACGGAGCAGUCUCCACAGGGCUUCUCGGUCCCCAACGUCGUCGACGUUGUCAAAAGGCAAGAAUGCAACACAACAUGGGUGGAAGAUGGUGAACUUGUGAUGAUCGAUGGGCGUUUAGUAAUUCAGCAAGUUAACCGCGCCAAGAGGCAAAAAAAAGAACCGAAUGACAAUCAGAGUGGCAACAUAAACGACAACGGCGCACAUAAGAACGAAAGCAGUAAAAAGAUUAAUGACACUGAUAUAAAGGUAUCAAGCGAUAACUUUUUGAAUAAAAACGUGUCUAAUGUGGCACCAAAUUAUCACUCCAAAAGUGAUGAUUCUGAUAUAAGCAAUGAUAAGAAGAAAGAUGGGGAAAAGGAAUCACAAGGAUCGUAUUCAAAGAGCAAAUACUUACCCAAUGAAGGAUUUAAUAAGACUUCCGUGAAUUCGAGUAGCUCAGGGAAGAGAAAGCGAAAAAUUCAAAAUACCUCGAGCAAAUCAUCUCAGUCCGGUUCUACUUCAAAUAUACGAGUUGUUCAGACACACAAUGUUCCUUUACUUCCACGAGAAGAGAUUAUUAAGCUCGUAGAAGGAUGGCAACUGUCCGAUACACUUCGAGAAGCAUUUUUGGUUGGGCUCGAGCCUGUUGAACCUCAUGAAUCACUUGACUCCUCAAAAGUAGUACUGAAGCUUGGAAACCAAGAAAAUAACAAAUAA